GUCCAUUCCACUCAAUGCAGCAAAUCCUGAUGUACUGUUUAAAGGCGCUUCGCGUUUUGUAUUUGGUUUGUACCGCCGCGCUAGCCGUAGUUGUUUUGGAACAUGUGGAUGACCAAGUGUGCAGCGCUGUGAGUGAGAUAACAGCAAUAAACUACAUUAACAAGCCGGGUAUUAGAGACUACGUAACGGUUGGGUAGUUGGGGCGAUGAUGGCCGACCACCCGGCUGAGGCGCCCUCCGUGGCGAGGGACGCGGUGUUGAAGGAGAGCAUCGCUCUGCCGGAGGACAUGCCUCAGAUCAGAGGCUAUGACUUCAACCGAGGCGUGGACCACAGAGCCCUGCUGCAGUCCUUCCUCAGCACGGGCUUCCAGGCCAGCAACUUCGGCCUGGCCGUGCAGGAGAUCAACAAGAUGAUUGAGAAGAGACUGGAGCCGGUGCAGGAGGGCUGUGAUUCACAUACAUCUGCUUCAGGAUGCACCAUUUUCUUGGGCUACACAUCCAACCUGAUCAGCUCCGGUGUGCGAGAGAGCAUUCGCUACCUCGCACAGCACAGAAUGGUAGAUGUGAUAGUGACCACAGCAGGAGGGAUUGAGGAAGACUUUAUCAAAUGUUUAGCACCCACUUACCUCGGCGAGUUCAGCCUAAAAGGCAAAGAGCUACGACAGCAAGGCAUUAACAGAAUAGGUAAUCUCUUGGUACCAAAUGAUAAUUACUGUAAGUUUGAAGACUGGCUGAUGCCUAUUCUGGACCAAAUGGUGCUGGAACAAAAAACAGAGGGCACACACUGGACACCCUCCAAAAUGAUCCACAGACUAGGCAAAGAAAUUAACAACCCAGACUCGGUGUACUACUGGGCUUAUAAGAAUGACAUCCCAGUGUUUAGUCCCGCCCUCACUGACGGCUCAUUGGGUGAUAUGAUCUAUUUCCACUCAUAUAAGAACCCUGGCCUGGUGCUUGACAUUGUGGAGGAUAUUCGGCGUCUGAACAGCAAGGCAGUGUUUGCCGAGACCACAGGGAUGAUCAUUCUCGGAGGAGGCCUCGUCAAACAUCACAUCGCCAACGCUAAUCUCAUGAGGAACGGAGCAGAUUUUGCGGUGUUUGUCAACACUGGUCAGGAGUUUGACGGCUCAGAUUCCGGCGCUCGGCCAGAUGAAGCCAUUUCUUGGGGAAAGAUCCGCAUGGACGCCACACCUGUGAAGGUCUACGCUGAUGCUUCUAUAGUCUUUCCACUUUUAGUGGCUGAAACGUUUGCACACAACGCCAGCAGGUUGAUCAAGGAAAAGAAGAGCGAUUGAUGCUUUUCUCUUGUGAAACCUAUUUAAACAUUUCACCUCUCCUCACUGUCUUCCUGUUUGCUUGUUUUUCAGUGCAGAUGCUUUAAAUGCUCUAUUUAAAUUUAUGAAAUCAUAUAUAAUUAUCUAUUUAAACAUCUUAGUUUCUUAUGAUCUUUGUGUGCUUUUGUCUGGCAAAAUAUGUUCAGAAACAACUUUAUUAGAUUGAAGUUGCAUUCAAUUAUUUAUUAAUAUAUAUAUAGGUAUUAUAUUUUCAUUUUGUACCUCUUUGAGAUGGUACAAUGUGUAUUUUAUUGCAUUGCAUCCUUCAGUGUUAAUGCACAACAGCUUGUGCGCUGUUUGUGUAUUUUAUUUUAUCUGGAUAUUUGUAACUUACAUUAUUAUGCUUAAAUUGCAUGGACAAUAAAUGAAUCAUCAACACCUA